GCCGUCACAUAGAUAAACAGUCUUGCGCCCAGUUCCUAGCCACCAACCUACAACAACAAAGAGAAGACUCCAAGAAACUAAAUCACAAAAUUAGUUGAUUCCCAAUACUAGAGAAGACACCUAUUGGACAACCACGGCUCUUUCUCUCCAACAAUUCAUCCAAAUCACCAACAAUGGCUGCUUCAACUGCUGCCGGGGAGCUGGGGCUCUCCAUCACGGGCUUGGGAGUCCAGUAUCCUCCAUACAGCCUUGGUCCAGACGCUAUCGACAUUCUCAGCAAGAGAUACCACCCAGAGUCCCCAGCCAUGAAGAAGGUCCUCGCCAUCAACCGAUACACGGGCAUUGAUCAUCGCUCCUCGAUAGGUAACCCUGACCACCCGCUCGUGAACAAAGCCAACCCACCUACCGUCAAUGAACUUCAUGAGGUCUUCAUGUCCGAUGGCGUUCCUCUCGCUGUAGAAGCCUCGCGAAAGGCUAUGGCCGAAGCGCGGGUAGUGCCGGCUCAGAUCACACACAUGGUCUCGACGACAUGCACCGACUCGGCCAACCCGGGCUACGACCACUUCGUCGCAAAAGAGCUCGGUCUCAGUGACCGCCUGGAGAAGGUCCUCCUCCACGGUAUCGGCUGCAGUGGUGGUCUCGCCGCCCUUCGCACAGCGGCGAGUCUUUGCCUAGGCCACACAGCGCGCGGUAAGCCAGCCCGGAUUCUGGUCCUCGCGCUUGAAGUCUCCACGACCAUGGUCCGCAGCGAGCUAGAAAGCAUCAACGCAUUGCAAGAAACUCGCAUUGGCAUCGCCUUGUUCAGCGACUGCGCUAGCGCCGUGAUCCUGUCCAACGGCAUCGGCGAGGCACCGGGCAAGCCCGCGAUCUACGACCUCUUGGGUUGGGAAAACCGCGUGAUCCCGGACUCCGAACACGACCUCGGCUUCGACGUCGACCCAAUGGGGUGGAAAGUCGUCUUGUCUCCCCGAGUCCCAGUACUAGCCAAAGCCUCCCUCCAACCAACCUACGCCGACCUCCUAUCCUCUCUCAAAGACCAACUCCCUUCGUCCUACCAGAAACCUGCCGAUUUCGACUGGGCAAUGCACCCCGGCGGCGCCACCAUCCUGUCCGGCGCCGAAAGCGCCAUGGGUCUGACACCAGAGCACAUGCGCGCCUCUUACGACAGAUAUAUCAACCACGGCAACUCGAGCUCCGCAACCAUCUUCAGCGUUCUCAACCGGCUCAGGGAAAAGGACAUGGAUGCUCUGGCCCCCGGCGGCAAAGUAAAGGAGUAUGUCGUCGGUUGCGCGUUUGGACCAGGGAUCAACGUUGAGAUGUGUAUGUUGAAGCGGAGAAUGAACGCCCCAGCAAGGACGACGACGGGUUUGGAUACCCCGCCGGAGACGGAUGAUAGCGAGGGGCCGGGGCCGGGGUCGAGUGCGGGAAGCGACGAUGGGGAGUCGAUAGAGGGGGGCGAGAAGGAGGAGAAGUUUAUUAGCGAGGCGUUGGACAACGUUGAACUGGACUGAGAUGGAUGGAUCACACGAUGGGGGGGUAUGAACGGUUUUCGUUUGUUUUUAGCAAGCAGGCUAUGUCAGUAAGCAGGCGGGUGUUUAGAACUGGGUCGUCUUGAUGUAGUUCUUUCUUUCUUCUUCUUCGAUACCUUGAUGGUUUCAGAGGUUAUGGUCGGGCCGGCAUUGCUCU